AUCAUCAUCAUCAUUAUUGUUAUUAUUAUUUUUAUUUGCCGAGGAAUAAAAUCGCGAGUGUGUUCAAUUUGGAUUUUUCUAUGGACCUAUGAGAAAAAUAAUAAAACACGUGAACGUGCCACUAGAUAAGAGGAGGAUUCGGAAUAUAUGUAUUUGUGCGAAUGGAUCGUAACGAGUUUGGAUUAUUUUCUUCAAAGUUUUUCAUCUUCUCCUUCUUCUACGCGUCGUCUUCUUUGUCUUCUUUGUCUUCUUCUACUUCUUCUUCUUCUUCUUCUACUUCUUCUUCUUCUUCUUCUUCUUCUUCUUCUUCUUCUUCUUCUUCAUCGUGCUUUCGACGCACGACGCGAGAACGUUCGAGUUCAUCGAGAAAAGCUCGUAGUUGAAGGAAGUGCAGAGACAGGAUACAUUCUCGGAGAUCAUUAGCGGACUACUACUCGGCAAGCUGGACGCGGAGCUCGGUAGCGGCGGUGGCCGCAGGGCUGCCAGCCCUUCGGCGAUCCUUGGCAGUAUAAACGAUCAUCCGGGACUACGAGGAACGCCACUGGCAAUGUUGGCGGCACAAUGCAACAAGCUGAGCAGCAAGAGUCCGCCGCCACUGGCGGACGCGGCAGUUGGCAAAGGUUUUCAUCCUUGGAAGAAGAGUCCUCAGAGUAGCGGCAGCUCACCGCAACACUCGACGGGUGGUGGCGGAGGAGGCGGAGGAGGAGGAGGAGGAGGUGGCGGAGGAGGCGGAGGUGGAGGUGGUGGAGGGGGGUGUACGACGACGGGAGUAAGUCAAAGACCGACAGCAACGAGCAGCGCCGGUAGUACGAGCGGUGGUUACGCCCGAGCACCGGUCACUUCUUGCGCUUCAACGGCGCCACAAUACGGUAGCGAGCUAUAUUUUCCUGGUACCGCGAGCGCGCAACCUGCUGGCGAUCCGCAUCACCACCAGAGCAGUCUCCUUGGAAAGGUCGAAGGCGCGACACUCGGCUCGGUAUACGGUAGACACCCUUACGAGUCGUGGCCGUUCAACGCGAUGCCAGGCGCCACGCACGGCGGAAUAAAGGCCAGCGACGGCUGGUGGGAUGUUCACGGUGCCACAGCCGCUGGUGGUUGGUUAGACGUUAGUGGCACCGUCGGCGUCGGAGUUCAUGCCGCGCAAAUGGCCAAUUACUCGGCGGACUACUCUACGAGCCUAGCACUGGCCGGCAAUCACUUACUCACUACGGCCACCACCGCCGGUCACAAUCUACUCCAAGACACAUACAAAUCCAUGCUACCCGGCGGCCCGCCCGGCUUCGGGCUUCAUCAUCACGCGGCGGCGGCGAGCGCCGGUGCCGGUGCUGGUGCCGGAAGUCCACAAGGUAGCGGCGCCGGCGUCGGCGUAGGCGUCGGCGGUGCCGCCGUUAGCCAGGCACCCUCGCCACGCUCGCAGAGACGUUACACCGGUCGUGCGACCUGCGACUGUCCUAAUUGUCAAGAGGCCGAGAGACUCGGUCCCGCCGGCGUACACCUCAGGAAGAAGAACAUCCAUAGCUGCCACAUACCUGGUUGCGGCAAGGUCUACGGAAAGACGUCCCAUCUGAAGGCCCACUUACGGUGGCACACUGCGGCACCUUCGAACCCACACCGGCGAAAAGAGAUUCGCCUGCCCGGUCUGCAACAAGCGGUUCAUGCGCAGCGACCAUCUCGCGAAGCACGUCAAGACCCACAGCAGCAGCAGCAGCGGCAGCAAGGGCAAGGGGGGAGCGGGGAGCUCGUCGGCCGAGUCCUGCUCCGACAGCGAGGACAACGGGAGUCAGCAGAGUCCCACUUCCAGCUCGGUGCCGCCGCCGCAGCCGCCACCGCCGCAGCAGCAGCAGCAGCAGCAGCAGCAGGCUCAGGCGCAACAGCAGGCUCAGCAGCAGGCGCUGGCGGCGGCAGCGGCGGCCCAGGACACCAACAACACCAAUUCCCAGACCACCACCACCAGUCUCGGCCAUCAGCCGACAACACCCAUGACCCCAAUACAGAUGACCCCGCCGCCUCUGACCGCACACCAUCCCCACCACCCGCAUCUCCCGCCUCUAAUGCACCAUCCGCAUCAUCACGCAACAUCCGUACCGGCGGCCCAUCAUCCGCACGCGGGGAUGAGCAUGCACUGAGCCCGGUGGGGCCCGGAGCCGGUGCCUGCAGUACCUCUGCCGCAACGACCCUGGGCUCCUCCUCCUCCCUAUCCUACCCCCUCAACUUGAACCUCAUUCAGAAUCACGUCAAUGCCCACCCUCAUCAUCAUCAACACCAUCACCAGCAACAGCAACAACAUCAUCACUCCAAUCCCUCCUCCCAUCAUCAUCAUCAACAUCACCAUCAACAACAGCAACAACAACACUCUCGACAAAACAAUUCCUAUUCGAUACAACAAAAUCCUGGUACACCUGGCUCGGCACAGACUCCUUCACCCUCCUCCCCUGCGCCUGUACAUAGUCUUUAAGCCGAUAACGAUCCCUCUCAAUCCUUUCGUUUCCUCGGAGAGCAGGAACGGAGGGAGCAGCCUGCCUCUCCUUCGGCCGCUCUGCACGCGAAUUUUGCCGACUUUGUUACUUGUAAAUACUAUAAAUAGUGAGUGUGCGUGUGCGUAAGAAAGACAGAGAGAAAGAUACCGCGUGCGAGAGAGCAAAAGAGAGAAAGAGACAGAGAUAGAGAGAUCUAUAUAUAUAUAAAUAUAUAUAUAAAAUGAUAUAUUAACUAUGCGGUGUAAUGUAAAAUAGAUAUACAUAUAUGUAUGUAGGUAUGCACUGUCGCGCUGUACGAUACACACAGACACGAGUCGUCCUCGUCGUCGUCGUCGUCGUCGUCGUCGUUCCCCUCUCCCCCCGUCAUCAUCCUAUUUACUUACAUUUUGCCCGAUUGUACGGCGAAGAGAAAGAUAAAGAAGGAAAAAAAAAACAGAAAAAAAGAAAAAAAAAAUUAUAAAAAAGAGGACGCACGCGCGCGUGGGCGACGUUCGGUCCAAAGCACGAUGCACUCCGGACAAGUUCCAAUCGCGGUGCCGAGAUUGGCACCAAGGAUAAUUAACGAAUUUUCUUGUUAAACCUAUCAUUUUGUUGUAGAAGCGAACUCCCCGAAGGUCUUGCGUUUGGAACUUGAACUCGGACGAUGCCCCAUAUCAGCUCACCACCCUUUCAACGUAAUAAACAUACUAUUAUUAAUGAAUUAAUUAAUUAUUAUUAAUGUAUUAUUAUUAUUAUUAUUAAUAUUAUUAUUAUUAUAAUUAUUAUAA